UGCUGCACAGCUCUGCUUUUAGAUGCUCACACACUCCCAACAGGCACUGAGAGUGUGCACAAGACUGUAGAAGAAACCUCUCGCCUCUCCCAAGGAUUACAAUCAGGAAACAAUUUCCUGGAGUUAUCAUUGUUGUAAAUUGGAUUAAGAAAGACAUCUGGAACCCCAGAGACGUGUGGGUGGGGAGCGGUCUUGAAUGGAUGAAUAAGUACUCAAGGAUGACUGGAUAAAAGUUUCCAGCAGCGAUUGCUCCACAGGAGACGAUUCUCAUGAUGUAUCUUGUUGAACGUUGACUCACUGUAAAGUGUGAACUUUAUUUCCUCGUGAGCUCAAGGAGGAUUUGGGAGCAAACCUGAUGACACAGCUCUCAAAUUUCACUCCAGUCUCUGCAGCACCUGCUCAUCACUGAAAUUGCUUUCCAUUCUCCAAGUUUACAACUUCAAAGCGCAGACCAAUCUUCCACAGAGGCAUUGUUUGUCUAUAUUCAAAACACAUUGUAAGCUUGUAAUUAUGCCCUCACUCUCAUUAUCUCUGUUUCUUCUGGUGCACGAGUAAAGAGGUGAGGGCGAAGAGGAUCAGAGGGUGAGGAGUUUUUUUCUUCUUCAAGGAAGGCAAGGAGGGAGGGAGAGAUAAACAGAGGUAGUUUAAGGCGGUAAACACAUCCCGUCCAGAGCCAGCUCUCUUCUAAACACAUCAGGCAUAAAUCAGCGCUGCAUUUCACUGAGGUGACUCUGACACAGGAGGACAGACAGUCAAGGGACAAACUGGAGCGAGUAGAAAACACUGCGGUUGUCAGUCUGGAAACAUUGGUGCGAAGAUAAACUGAAGUCAAGAAACCUGUUCAGCUGAUUAUUUGUGAGAGUAAAAAUCUUGAUUUGCCACCAGCAGUAGAAGUCUAAACCAGAGCAGCCAUGGCCUCAGACGUCUCCCAUAGCUUCUCUUGUCUUUGCAACAAGAUGAAACAGCAGCACAUGAGCAAAAGCAGCAGCAGUGUUUUCCAGCAGCAGCGGAUCAAAUCCACCUCAAGACCCCACCAGCCUCUCCUCUACCCCAGGACCCUGCUCCUUCUGCCCCUGAUGCUCCUGCUUAUUCUCUCCCUGUGGAGCCAGCAGGCCGAGGCCGUGGUCCAUUCCAGUUUCCGGCGGCUCAGCGGCCGUGAGAAGAAGGAGAUGCAGAAGGAGAUCCUGUCCAUUUUGGGCCUGCCGGGGCGACCCAGACCCCACCCGCCGCUACGACCGCCCUCCUCUGCACCGCUCUUCAUGCUGGAUCUGUACCACGCCAUGUCUGCUGAUGGGGAGGAUGAAGGGAAUGAAAUUAUUAUCAACGGACCUGGCAUGGGGAAGUUUGGAGGGGCAGAAAGAUUGUCUCGUGUCAACCACGCAGCCCCACCGACACUCAGCACGCACACACCGCCGCUGGGCACGGUGGUCAGCGAGGCCGACACAGUGAUGAGCUUCGUCAACCUGGUGGAGCAGGAGCGUGACCUCCUGCAGCCUCGUCCAUACUGGAAGGAGUUUCGUUUUGAUCUGACGCCCCUCCCUCAGGGUGAGACAGUGACGGCAGCAGAGUUUCGUAUCUAUAAGACCCUGACGAUGGGCCAGAGGGCCAACCGAACACUGCACAUCUCCGUCUACGAGAUCCAACGAGAGAACAAACACAGAGAGCCAGAGCUGGUGCUGCUGGAUAUGCAGUCGGUGCCUGCAGGACAGGAAGGUUGGCUGGCCUUCGACGUCACCUCAGCCUCCAACCACUGGCUCCUCCACCCACGCAGCAACCUGGGCAUACGUCUCUAUGUGGAGACAGAGGAGGACCGCUCCCUGUCUGCAGGCUGGAUCGGGUUGGUGGGACGCAGGGGCCCUCGCUCCAAACAGCCCUUCAUGGUGACUUUCUUCAGGGAGAGUCAGGUUCCCUGUCGGCCGCCACGGGCUGUCAAGCCACAUCCCCGCAAGAAGAAACCCAAAUACGACCUCCCAGUCCCCAGCAUCCAUAAUCGGAGUCCUGCCAACAGUGGAGGUCAGCCCUGUAAAAAACACGAACUCUACGUCAGCUUCAGUGACCUCGGAUGGAAGGACUGGGUUUUGGCCCCCACUGGAUAUUCAGCAUACUACUGUGACGGAGAGUGUUUUUAUCCUCUGGGCUCCUGCAUGAACGCCACGAAUCACGCCCUCAUCCAGCAAGUGGUCCACCUCCUGAAGCCUGAUGAGGUUCCAAAGGCAUGUUGCGCCCCCACAAAGCUCAGCCCCAUCUCUGUCCUCUUCUAUGACGACAACAACAAUGUCAUCCUCAAGAAACAUCGUAACAUGGUGGUUAAGACCUGUGGGUGUCAAUGAGAGUCGAAAGGCGUAGCCUAGGACACUGAAAAGAGAGUUCAGUCCACAACCAAACUGACCUGGAUGAUUUUCUUCCAGACAUGAACUUUGCAGAAAUCUUUGACAAUGGACUACAAAGGUACCAGAAAUCUAAUUUAACAGGUCUGUGCCUUGAGUGCUGAUUUAGGAUCUGUGACUUAAUUGUUUUUCCCAAAUCCAUUUCCCAAAUUGCAAAGUCUUGAAAUUACAGCAUCUUGGGUAUUUGUCCCAAUUCAGUUGUGCCUCGGCACUCGAUAGCUGAAGGUUAUUCUGCUGAAAUGUGAGUCUAUACAAGUUAACCUUUGACCUGAAAUGUAUGGCCAUAAUAGACAAACUGCCCCCCCCCCCCGAAAUAUAAAUGUUAUUUUAAUACUUUCACUUUUCCUCAAAUGUCUGCCUUUCUCAACAGUGACAAACCACAUGUGAUUUUAUAAAUUGAUUCAGGUUUAAAUGGCAAAUGAUAUUGGAUGGCAGAACAUGCCUACAGUGAUGCCUGUUUUGUUUUUUUAAACAAGAAAUUUAAUGAGAGCACUACUAUUGUUGCAACAUAAAGUUAAACUGUAUUGAAUUAAUAAAAAAAUAUUCAUUUUAUUGUAUCACACUUCCAUGUGACGUCACUUUGAUCCUGUUAGGCAAAAAUAAAAAUCAGCUGAGAAGCCCGAAGCACCUUUAAAUACAUUGUUCAAUUUAUUGAAGAAAAAAAAAAAAAAAAAAAAAAGUACAGCAAAAGCAAAUUAGUGAAGUUUUGCCUGCAAGUGAAUAUAUUUAGAAACUAAAAGAACAGGGAUUCAUUUUGGCAGUUAAUGAACAAAUUUCUUUAACGCUCAGUCCUUUAGGCAACUUACAGUUUCUUCAAUCAAUGAACAACCAAACUGACAACAGCUGAAAGUAUAAAUGAGCAGAGAGCUGUGUAUAUGUUAGAGGAAGUUUAGCCAAAAUAAUGUUAGCGCUUGGUUUUCAAAACAAAUCUUUGUUGUGGUUUAACUGUAAGUGGGAUAAAGAUGAUGUUAUUGCCAAGAUUGUGAAAUGUGAAAUGUGGCCGACGACACAGAAAUGAGCUGAAGUAGAAGGAUUUGGGGGAACAAAAAAGAACAUAGUAUGAGACUUGCUGUGUGGUUUAACGUGAGGUACUGUUGUGAGGUGUUAUUGAGUGCGGACACCUGUGGAGCAGCAGCACAGAGGAGGCGUAGCUGUAGAGUCUCUCUUGUUUGACAAAAUACAUCAAUCUCCAAAAAUAGUUUGAGGAAGUCAUAUUCUGCAUUUUAUCAUCAACAACCAUAAAUUCUGAAAUUACACACAGGGAUUUUUGUCAUUUUAAGACGCCAAUGGUCAUGAAAACUCUUAAUUUUUACUUUCUAGGGAGAGUAUGCACUGAUGACGACAUUGUGCAAAUACCCUCUGCUCAAGCGAAGGGAACAUAACCGGAGUUUAACCCAACAGCAGUGCCACAUCCAUUGUGCAUGAGAGAUGUAUUCCUCUGUUUAACGAAGUACAACCAGCUGUUAGCUAGCCAUACAUCAAAAAUAUUUGUAUUAACUUCCCAUUGUAGCUUUUUCAGACUUUUCAUGUCUCCCACUCAUUAGUCACAAGAUAAUUGUAUUCAGUGUAAGCAGGCGAUGUUGUUGGCCCCUCCCCCAUCUGGAAUAACAAGGUAGUUGUACAUAAUAAAUAUAAAAAUGGGGUGCUGGUAUA